AUGUCGUCCCAAGCACCUUUGGAUCUAGCAGCUAUUGUCGAGCUGGCCACGAGUCACCGAGGGGCGCGGCACACUUGCCGCGUGGUAGGAGAACCGCUCUGUGGCAGCCUCAACAGAGUGGUGAUUCUGAAGUUCGACGACGGGCUUCAAUGGAUAUUUCGGACGCCUCGUUGCGAUACAACCGGGCGGAAUCUACCCCCUGUGGUGCGGGUGAAGCUGAUUGCCAGCGAAGUCGCGACGCUCAACCUUCUCGCGCAUCAUACCAACAUACCAGUACCGCAAGCGGUUGACCACAGCUGCACCAAUUUGAACUCUGUAGGCGCACCCUACAUUCUCAUGACCUGCGCCAAAGGCAGGUCCUUUGCAGCAUAUCUGCGCCGCAUGCACGAGGAUGGCGUACGUGACUUUUCACAGGUGACGAAAAAGCUCAUGAGACAGCUGGGUAAAAUAUGUUUUGCCUUGUCAAAGGUUCAAUUUGCGACCAUUGGCUCUGUGCAGGAGGGCAGUGACGCCUUUGGGGUCGGCGAAUCGCUUGUGCCAACCUUUGUGCUUCAAGGCCGUCACGGUAUUCCCGUGUUUCGGGGGCCUUUUCUAACAGAGCAGAACUACUAUAACGGUUUAAUCGACGCAUUUUUCGGCCACGUCAAAGGCCUCUCCCUGGGCCAUCAUUUUUUCCUUGGCCCCUGCCCGGAGAGGGCAGAUUACCCAGACCAAACGAGCUACAACACGGCCGUGGAUCGAUGGAACGAUUUCGUGACAAUUGAUGACAAGAUUGACGGCGUUGACAACCGCAUCCAUUACCAUACAGCGGGAAAACUUAUCCAGGACAUUGUUCCCGAUUUCAGCCCUCCUGAUGGUGGGCAUCCUGCCACCGGGCUUGCCGGGUUUCCGCUCGGGCAUGCUGAUCUUUGUAGCAGCAACAUCUUUGUCGACGACGACUGCAACAUCACCUGCAUCAUCGGCUGGGAAUUCUCCUCGACCAUGCCCUUUGCACAGCUCCUCAUCCCGCCGGCGGUGCCGAACAAGCGACGCCCGCCCUCGUCCGCAGACUGUGCGGCAUUCCGAGCCGGCCUGCACGAUGCGGCCAGGCAGGCCAACGUCGUCCUGCCCUCGAUCCCGGGAAUCGUGAGCGACCUGCUGUGGCACUACAUGCGCUGGGUCAACCUGGACACGCACUGCGACUUCCGCCACUUUGAGGCACUCUUCAAGCGGCACCCCGAGUUCUCCAGGCUGGAUCCUCUCUUCAUCAUUGACGAGAUGCAAGGCAGGACUGACAUCAGAGAGGCAAGGCAGCGUCUGAUGGAUGGGGUGCGCGAUCCGGACGAAAUCAGGAGUGACGAGGACGCGUAUUUCGCGCUGGCUGACGACGGCGAGAAGCAGCGCCGCGUGGCAGAAAAAUUGACCGACACAUUCAACCUGAAACGCCAAAUCCUCGGGGCUGAUUUUUGGAUGCAGACUUGGAGUGAGGUCUUUGCCGACAACGAGGAGGAGGCAUGCUGUUCGGGCAAUUCGAGCUGGUCCGGCAACUCGUGUUGUUGCUCACAGCCGUCCGAGCACUCCCACAGUGGGUUGUAG